AUGGGUGGAAUCGGAAAGACCACCCUUGCCCAGCUUCUAUACAACGAUGUCAGAGUUAAAGAGCAUUUUGACCUCCACGCAUGGGCAUGUGUUUCGGAAGAAUUUGAUGUCCUUAGGAUCUAUCAACAGAUUUAUGAGUCACUCACUUCAGAUGCUUGCCAAAUCCUUACUCUGAAUCUGCUUCAGUCAAAGUUGAAGGAAGCUUUGGUGGGAAAAAAGUUUUUAGUUGUUCUCGAUGACAUCUGGAACAAGAAUUAUAAUCGGUGGGAUUUCUUAAGGCUUCCCUUUAAAUUUGGAGCACAUGGAAGUAAGAUUAUUGUCACAACACGCAAUGAGGAUGUUGCAAGUAUGAUGGGUACUCUUUCACCUCAACCUGACUAUCUAAUGCCAAUAUCUGAGGAAGAAAGCUGGUUGUUAUUUGAAAAACAUGCCUUCAAAAGUAGAGGAGUUACUGGACACUCGCAGCUUGAAGAAAUAGGAAGACAAAUUGUAAGAAAGUGCAAUGGUCUUCCUUUGGCCAUUAAAUCCCUUGGGGGUCUCUUAUGUUCUAAACUAUUUUCCGAGGAAUGGGAAAGCAUAUUGGACAGUGACAUGUGGGUAUUGACACAGGAGGAGACUGACAUUCUGCCAUCUCUUUGGUUGAGCUAUCUGUAUUUGCCUCCACAUCUCAAGCUUUGUUUUAGCUACUGUGCGAUAUUUCCCAAGAGUUAUCGACUUCAAAAAUUAGAGCUGGUUUUAUUGUGGAAGGCCCAGGGUCUCUUGCAACCCAAAAAGAACAAAAUGAUAGAAGAAGUUGGGGAAGAGUACUUUAAUGAUCUAAUCUCAAGGUCAUUUUUCCAACGGUCAUCAAGUUCUGCACACUUCAUCAUGCAUGACCUUAUUUAUGAUUUAGCAAAUUUUGUAUCUGGAGAAUUUUCUGUUAGGUGGGAGAAUAGUGAAUCACCCAACAUUUUGAGGAAGACUCGUCAUUUCUCAUAUAUGGAGAAACAUGGUGAUAGCUUUGCAAAACUUGAGGCUAUAAGUCAAGCUAAAUAUUUGCGCACUCUUCUACCUGUACCUGAAUAUGCAUGCUAUCUGGGGACAUUCAAUAAAGAGAAAUUCCAAGAAGUACUAUUUGAGGUAUUGCCAAAACUACAAUGUUUAAGAGUGUUGAAUUUAUCAUUGUAUGAUAUUAAGGAAUUGCCUGAUUCGAUUAACAACAUGAAACAUCUAAGGCACUUGGACAUGUCUGAAACUCCCAUUAGAAAGUUACCUGAUACAAUUUGUACUCUGUAUAAUUUGCAAGCAAUAUUGUUGCGCAAGUGUCGAAUUCUUACUGAACUGCCAGACAACUUGGGAAGAUUGAUCAAUUUGAGCCAUCUGGAUAUUACACAGACAAAGUUAAAAAAGAUGCCACCACAAAUGGGUAAGUUGAAAGACCUCCAGAUGCUACCAGAGUUUGUGCUAGACGAACACACUGGGGAUAAUUUGGCGGAGUUAAAGAAGCUUGAAAAAUUGCGUGGAACACUUCGUAUCUCAGGGCUUGUGCAUAGCAGCGGUUUGGAGGCCUACAUGCUGAGGGACAAGACGUAUCUUAAGGAACUGGUUUUGGAUUGGAGAGGAAGGGAUUCAAGUGAAGAAGGCAAUAAUACUGUAGAAGAAAGAGAAGUGCUUGAGAAGCUCCAACCUCACCUGAACCUGGGGAGGCUUACAAUUAAAGGUUAUGGAGGCGAAAUGUUUCCAGGUUGGUCAGGAUAUUAUUCUUCCUCUGCUCUUGUUUAUCUUAUACUUGAAAAUUGUGUGAACUGUAUCUCCUUGCCACCAUUGGGACAGCUACCUUCCCUCAGAGAGCUUGAUAUUUCUGGGUUACAUGGAGUGGUGUCCAUAGGUUCUGAAUUCUAUUAUGGUGACGGCAAUACUACUACUCGUGUCAAUAAACCAUUUAGAUCUCUACAGUAUUUACAAUUCUACAAUAUGAGUGGGUGGCAAGAAUGGUCUUAUGUUGGAGGUGACAAUAAUGAAGGUGGGGUUUUUCCUAAUCUUUUUCAACUUGAAAAUUCGAAUGUUUUCCGGAAGAUGGAUUCCCGUCAAAGUUGA